CCACCGCCACACCAACUGACAUAUCUCGAGAUCGCAGCCUACGGAGUAUACCCAGAAUUAUUUAAAUUCUGCUGUAUCCAACCUGAAUAGUCUUUGAAGCUGAGUGGAACCGUCUCCCCCUAGUUCCAUAUUUCUCCACAAUAUGGAGGGUUGUGUCUACCUGACAGGCCUCGCCACGGGCAUCAUUACCCACAUCGCCUACCUCCACCAUGGAGAGCACCAUAAGUACGGGUUGGCUUACUUACUGGCAUUUCUUGCGGCAGUCACCUGCAGCGCCUACCUCCUGGUGUUCUUGUACGACCAGCUAUUUCGCCAUGCCCUAUUCCAGAGUCUCCAAUUCUACGCCGCCUACCUUGCGGGUCUUUACUCCAGUCUGCUCGUCUAUCGCAUCUUCCUGAACCCAUUGAAUAAAUUUCCCAGCAGCUUAGGCACCCGAAUCUCGCUCUGCUUUUUUUCAUUGAGACUCAAGGACUUGGAUAGUUUCCGACAGCUUCACAGACUGCACAAGAAACAUGGCCACUUCGUUCGUUUGGGGCCCUCGGAUGUGUCCAUCACACACCCCGACGCCAUUCUCGCUAUCCAUGGUCCUGGGUCGCGGUGCACCAAAGCAAGUCAAUACGAUAUCGUGAGCUCAUUCAAGUCUUUGCAGACACUACGGGAUAAGGGCGAACACGCCCAACGCAGACGGUUGUGGAGUAGCGCAUUUGGGGAAAAGGCACUGCGGGGAUACGAGCAUAGGAUUCGGGGCCAUCGACAACGAUUCAUGAACCGCAUCAUGGAAAAAAAGGGCAACCCCAUCAAUAUCACCGACUGGUUCAUGUGGUACAGCUUUGAUGUGAUGGGGGACUUGGCCUUUGGCCAGCACUUUGGUAUGCUCGAUAACGGCCAGCAACAUUGGGCCAUCCAACUGUUGUUUGAUUCGAUACAUUAUCUCGGAUAUAACCUCCCUUCGUGGAUGUUUAUCCUGCUGAAUGAUAUCCCCGGGGUUAACAGGGACUGGUGGCGGUUUAUUGGGUACUGCCAGCAAACCCUGGAGAAACGCUUACAGCACUCCGCUACGGAUCCAGAUUUCUGCGCAUCGUUUCUGGCGCCCCUGCAAGGGCGAAAGCCGAAUACCUCCGAGAUGAAUUUGCUGGUCGGAGACACACAGCUACUGAUUAUAGCAGGAAGUGAUACUGUGGCAAUAGCUCUCACUAGUAUUAUUUACCUGCUCUGCCAGAAUCGCGAGCACAUCGAGCUCCUUCGCUACGAGUUAGCUCCUCUGAUGACGGACCCGACGGGGGAAGUGCUCCACGAAAAAAUCGCCCACCUGGACCACCUCAACGGGGUCAUAAACGAAGGCCUCCGACUAUAUCCGCCCGUUCCUACCGGGUUCAUCCGAUUAACACCCCCGGAGGGAAUCACUAUCGGCGGCACUUAUAUUCCCGGGCACACCAGCGUACAAUGUCCGCUCUACGUGAUUGGGCGAUGCGAAGAAAUCUAUCCGCAGGCUGAAACGUUCCUCCCUGAGCGGUGGUACAGAUUUCCCGACAUGGUGAAGUAUAAGAAUGCAUUUGCGCCAUUUGCUAUUGGUCCCUACAGCUGUAUUGGAAAGCCCCUGGCGCUGAUGAAUAUCCGCACUACGUUGGCACGAAUGAUCUACGAAUUUGAUUUUGGGUUCGCUCCGAGCGAGGACGGGACGCAGUUUGAGAAAAAUGCUGUGGAGCAUGUUACUUUCUCCAUGGGGGAGUUGAAACUGGGGUUUACCCCCAGGAAGAACGCUGAUCAAUUUUGAGCUUGGUGAUAUUUUCCCCAGGUCGUCUGCGAGUUAGACCGAAGUUGGAAAUAGAACGAUGUGUAUUAUAAUAAUAUCGGGAUUGUCACAUGUACAUAAUGGAUAUACACUAGAUUUCUUCCCGGGAAGUAACACACCCCCCAUUCCGAACUCCUUUCAAGGGGAGCCCCUACCUACCUGGUGGAGGAACGAGGGAAAUUGAUGGCAAGUUGCUGCGAUCGGAUUUGGGACGGGUAGUAGAACUCAGAGCAACGGUCUAAUCUACUUGAUCACAGGAAGAAGUGGCUUCCGGAACAGGUUGUACGAGACUCCGCGACAGGAUGCCUACAUAAUUCGGAGCUGGCGUCACUAGGUUCUUGAUAUAGCAUACGGAGCCACCUGGGUAGGAAUAUA